GCGCGCUUGUGUGGUAUUUCAGCCAGAAAGCGUCGCAAGACUGUGGAGCACUUAACUAUUUCUGACAAUGAGGAAGUGCAGCAGCACCACAGGCUACGCGGAAAAGUUGAGAUGCGCAUGCGCAGAGUCAUUGAUGACGUAGCAGCUGCAUCAGCGAAUCACCGGCGUCCAGUGGUGGAAAAGCUUGUGAGAGAAGCAACAACAAGCCGAAAUGAAGACACUGGUUGUGGGAGUCGGUGGGAUGACCAACGGAGGAAAAUCGACUCUCUCUAUGAGUCUCCACCAGCAGAUACCCAACAGCUGCAUCAUCGCACAAGACUCAUAUUUUAAGGAUGACUCUGUGGUACCAGUGGACAGCCAUGGCUUUAAGCAAUAUGACAUGCUCGAUGCUCUCCACAUGGACACGAUGAUGAGCGACAUCGACUCGUGGAGAAGAGAUCCUGAGGCGUUCCUGAAGCAGUGCGGCCCGUUCCCCGAGCAAACGGCAGCAUCAGCGGACGAGGAGGUGUUUGUGCUGAUAGUGGAGGGCUUCCUCAUUUUCAACCACAGGCCUCUGAAUGAACUUUUUGACAGAAGCUACUUCAUGCAGAUACCUUAUGAAGUGUGUAAAAAGAGACGAAGUUCGAGGGUGUACAUGCCUCCUGAUCCUCCUGGAUACUUUGAUGAACACGUGUGGCCGAUGUACCUGAAGAACCGGCGUGAGAUGGAGCGCAUGGUGUCAGGAAUAGUGUUUCUGGACGGACUGAAGCCAAAGGAGGAGCUGCUGGCUGCUAGAAGAGCUGAAAAAGCUGCAGAUGUCUGUGUGGAUACUCUGAAGAUGGACUCUGCUGCUCGUACAUUUGACAGAAAGGACCAAACCAAGUGUUACCGAAGGUGUUAUAUAAAUACACUAAUACCUGUGUAUUGACUUUGAUAGUUUAUGUGUCUGUAAGCGUACAGUAAACUGUAGAAGAGAGAAUGAUUGCUGUAACAUUUCAGUUUGUCCAGCAGGAACCUGGACAGAAACUGUAGAACCGUGUUAACCUGAUUUGUUUAUUAUGACACUAAUGGACGGUAUUUCAAAGAUAGUAAACUGAAAUAUAUAUAAAGUUUUAAAUACAGUAGGUAUGAUUUUAACUAUGAACCUGAGUCUUUUAUCUAAAUAUGCAUGUGUGAUAUAAUUUAUAUGAUUAUAUAAAAAUGUCAAAAAGGCACGCACAUCCGAGAAAGUUUAAGUACUGAGUGCUGGACAAAAAACAUCCAAAGAUAGAAAAAGUACUUAAUUUGCACACCAGCAGCUAUGAUUUUAAAACUAACUUUUUGGGGUCUGACAUGCCGGAAAAAUGCCAAUGGUCCGAUCCGAAACCCGGGGUGCCCGCUUGGAGGAUUACAGCCUCUGUCCACGGGGCACACACACUAACCACUUCGCUUCCUGCGCCCCAAGUGAGGAAGAUUUUUAAGGCCCAGUUUUUUAUAAAAACAAACACAAAACAUAUUCUCCUCAUUCAAAUAUGCUCAGUUUUUAUACAACAUUUGUCUCCAUGUGUUACUCAACCUGUGAAGAAAUCUUGUUGGUAAAAGAAAUGCACAAAAGUAAGGAUAUUAUGCAACCCAAGACGGAAAGAGUCGAGUCUUUAUUGCCCUUGUGCAAGACAACGAAAAAGCAAAGCGGCUCCCUGAGCAGCAUAAUGCAAAGAGAUAAGAACGUUAUAUUAAAAGAUACUACAACAUAAAGAUACUACAACAAAACUUCACAGGGUAGACUCCAACAAAAAUUGCACUGAAGAUAUAAAAUAACUGGCAUAUAAUGUUCACACAUAGUGUAAAGUACGGUGGUUGUAGUGUUUCUGCAUCUUCAUGGUGACAGAUGUCUGCAGCUCGUCUAGCUUUAUUUCCUGCCGUGCAUAAAGAUGAUUUUAUAUACUGUAUAUAUAGAUUUAAAAAAUGUUAACAGCAUUUCUCUAUUUCGAUCGAUACAUUUGCUCAUCUAAAGCUGAGUGAAAGCCAUCAUGUCAAAGUGUCAAAGGAGUCUCUUGCUCGUUAGAAAAACAGAAGUUUCCCUUUAAGAAGGUUUGGUCUCUCGCUCCUUGCACUCUGCUGCAAAAAUCCUCCACCUUUCACAUCCUAUAAAUAGACCUUCACUUGCAGACUGAAACCUGUUUGACUGCAGUUUCAAAAAAAAUGUUUUCAUUCUGGAUCAAGAGCUUUUUUUUUUUCCCCCCAUGUGAAAUCUCUGUUCACACCAUUGUGAAACCCUCCUCUAACCCUGCGAGGUUUCCCAUCACUCUCAAUGAUCAAAUUUUAGCAAAAACUCCGUGCUGUCAGCAGAAUAUUUUCUGUUUACCUCAGCAGUCGACUUGCCCGACCGGCAUGUUCAGUCAAGGAGCCAUCACAUGUGAAUCUGGACAUUCCUUACUUCCCUCUACAGACUAUAUCCUCUUCUAGAUCGACGUAUAUAAGCAUACU